UCGCCAGGAGCGCAGGACCGUCGACACCACCCGCAGUCUGGAUCUACCACUGCCGUCCAAGGUGGUGGAGCUUCUCAAGUCUCAAGAUCUCACUCAUGUGAAGCUCUAUGAUCACUGAUGCCAAUGUCCUUGCCAACGUCUAAGGCGGCGAACGUGUUUCCUCUCUCCUUCCACCGGGCAAUCAGGCUUCACAAUCCGCUCUUUUUUUCUUCUCACUCAUCAUCCCUUGCCACCCUAAAUUAAAAGAUUCAGAGUUCCCAGUACGAGACCACGCGCUGUGGUCUUUUUUAUGAUUUCGUUUCGUUUCACAUGUCUUUGUUUUUUGGAAGGGCGGUGGUGGGGCUUGGUUGCUAAUUAUUAUUAAAUUAAAAAAAGGGGAUAAUGGCAUGACGAGGAUGGGUGAGGAGACAGAGAGAUCAAGAAGAAGGACAGAGUGAAGCAGAGGCGGUGAAGGAGAAGAAGAGGACUUUGACAGACCUUGGGCGUCAUGGGCAAUGUAGUAAUUGAACAUUAAAAAUUAUUUACAUUGACAGGCCUUGUAUUCCAUAAUAUUGUGACAAUUUUACGGGACUUAAGACUAUUUAUAGUUUAUAGUUUAUAGUCUUUGCUUGGGACGCUGGAAUAAUUCUCCCUUUUUUCCCCUUUCAAUCAACCGACCAUAGAAAGCACAAUUUCACCGGCAGGAAGGCAGCCAGCCGUGCUAGAUCUCAGACACGCACAGAAUCAAACGCCGUGGCAGAGGGCUGUGCCAUCUAGUUCGCAGUUGAAACACAAGAUUCUUCGAAUCCGUAGUCACACUGCAUCGAAGAUACCUUCACGCCGAUUUAACAAAUUACUAAACGAGAAUAAGAAACUUUACAUGGGAACUGGGUUUUGCUUGUGGUGAUUGUCGCCGUCACUGCAGGAAGUGAAAACCGAGUGGCUCUGAUGGACAAAAACAAGGGUCGCACUGAUAUGCUUGCAGCUGGGAGAAAAAGGCUCCAACAAUUUCGUCAGAAGAAGGAUAGUAAAGGCAGUAGUGGUGCCGGAAUAUCUUCAAAAAAAUCUGGCAAACCCGAGCAGCAUGAGUCUGAUGCCGAUGCUGCAACUAGCGUGCCUAUGUCAAUAGCGUCAUCUCCUACUGUUGAUGAGGAGGUGGAGACUGGCACUAAUUGCAAUUUGAUCGGGACAGAAUCAUCAGGGUUGCAGUCUCUGGCAAAUUCAUCAACUCCUGAGAUUAAUGCCCUACCUGUUGAUUCAUCGUCAGUGGCCAUUGCAUAUAAGUCAAAUAUCAAAGCAGAAUUGGCUUCAAGUGUUGAGUUAGAACUUCAGGAUCAGGGAGCAGCCAAAGCUGAUUCUCAGCUGUCAGUCCAAAAUGAGGGGGAAAAUACUCUGGAUGUUGGUACUGAUAUGGGAGAAGUUAAUUUUGAAGGUGGAGUAAUGAACGAUCUUAUGUCUGCUUUACCUGUCGUCUUGUCCUCACCUGCUUCAGUGGCAGCUGCAGUGUCUCAUGCUACUAGAACUAGAGUAGAAAGAGAGGGUGAGGAGAAGAAAGGGUCUUUGCUUUUACCGGAGAGAAUUUUCAAUACAUCCUCGACGCUAACAAGGGAAGAUCAGGUAACAGAUGUAGGGACAAUGCAGGACGCUGACGGUUUGGAGGCAAACAAUUCUUUUCAAACCUCUGCUGCUAAAAUUGUUGGCCGAGAGAAGGCUCCUUUGCCUGAGGUCAGUGAGAAUGCUCAGGCUAUUUCUGGGAUUGCUCUAAGGCAGACUGGAAUUGAGGAUGCAUCUUAUGAAGCAGACCAAAUAGGCAUGACAGUUGAAACAUCUUCUUUUGAGAACAUCACGUCAGACAAUUUUUCAGCUUCUACUAAAAGUUGUGAAGAUGCAGUGGUUGGAAAGGUUCUGAAUAACCUGGAGGGAGAGGGAUUUUCAGGUUUGAUUCAUGAAGAAUUGCCUCAUAAGGGGGAGAACGAGGGACUUCAGGAGGAGUUUAACCAGUGGCAUACUCCUGUUGGAUCUGUAUCUGUGGAUAAAAUCCAUGAAUUGUCGGUGGGAGCUCAUGAAGUAAGCUCAGACAGAACACCGGUCAUCUCUCCUAUUUCUGAUGUGAACUCAAUCAAUCUCUUGCAGCUGACAGAAAUUAUAAACGGGCUUGGUGAAGAAGAGUAUUCCUCUAGAAGAACUGUGUCUAAUGUAGAUCCUGUAGCCGGUGGUUUAGUUUUACCAGAUUUUGCCUUUCUAGAAUCAUUUGAGAGAGUUAAAGAAGAAUUUUUUCUAGCAAACUUAAGGAAUGAUAUACUCACUUUGCAACUGACAGAGCAGCUGGAGCUUCAACAGGAGUCUGAUAAUCAUCGUUGUCUGUUGAUUGAUGAACUAUCUCACCUUCGAGCUUCACAUAGUGAAAUCAAUGACAAGAAUCAUCGCCUUGCAGAAGAGCUUGCUAAUUGCCAGAUUGAAUUACAUGAUGUUGUCAGCAAGAGUGUAGAACUGCAGAGCCAAUACAAUUCUGCCCUAGCAAAGGCUGAAGCACUUUCUGCCAGAGUAGUUGAGUUGGAGAAUAGCUUUGAAUUGUCUCGAAGAGAUUCACUGGAUCUGUCCAAAGAGCUGACUGACUGCAUAGGCUUGGUCACAGCUUUGCAGAUGGAAAACAAAGUCAUGAGUGAGACACUUUCUUUGAUGAUUGGAGAGAGAAAUAGACUUGUUGAGGAAAAGGAGAUCCAUCUUUUUGAAAGUAAAAUGCUGUCAACAGAAUUGGCUGACCUAAAGAGCUCAGUUGAAGGAUUAAGAGCCGAAAAUUCUGACCUAAAUGCUAGGUUGUCUUUGGUGACUGAGGAGAGGAAUAGGAUUGAAAUGGAGGCUGAGCAUCUAACUCAUGAGAUUGACAAGCUGUCAGUAGAAGUUGUUGAAAGUAAGGAUUUCGUGGCAAGUCUACAAUUAGAGAUUUCUAACUCCAACAACACCCUGGAAUUAUCAUCUGAUCAGAAAAAGAUGCUUGAAGAGGACAAACAAUCUGUUGUUCUUGGGGGUCUAACACAGAAUCUACUUGAACAAGCGGUCUUAAAUGACUCUUUUGGGUUUCUUUCCUUGAAAAUGCACUUGGCUGAGAUAGAGCAAAUUUUGAUGGGACUUGAAGAGGCUAUUGACUGUGUGCACUCUCAAUCAGGAUCCUCUACCAGUUCUGGUGGUGAAGUUCCUUCCCCUGAGCAAUCAAAAUUGAUGCACGCCUUUGACUCAAAAAUACACCAUAAUCAGCAUGAGUUGGAGAGAGGAGAUUCCAGUGAAAUUCUGAUCCCAUCUGAUCUGUUUAUGUUGACCAAAGAGCAAAUUAAAAACUUCAGAGCAUCGCUUGCAAAAUGGAGGUUAAAUGUUCAGAAUGCAGGUGCAUUGUUUAAGGAGGAAUGGGAUAAUAUAGGAACUAGUGAUACCAAGCAUAAUGAACUCAAAUAUCAAGAUGAAGCAUUGCAACAACAUUGUUCAGAUUUGGAAGCAUCCAACAUUGAACUUGCAGUUCAAUAUGAAGCUGCAAUGCAACUUCUUGGUGACAUUCAAGAAAAAAGAAGUGAUCUUGAGGAAUUCUGCAAAGCUUUAAAGGAAGAAAACCUCUCUCACAAAGCCAAAAACAGUAUAGUUUGUGCGGAGCUUGGAAAAUGUCAGUUGAAAAUUAGUCAAUUGCGUUUUGAUUUGUAUGAGAUGCAACAAUGUUCAAGUCACAUGGCUUCUGUUUUGGGUAGUCAGCUGGGAAACUUGCAAAAGGAGGUUACAGAGAGGGCAAUGCUACUUGAGCAAGGGUGGAAUACUACCAUGGCUGAGAUUGUUGAAAUGGCUGGGAAGCUGGCUGAAUCAGUUGGGAAAAAUUUUUCUUCAGCCACCUUCACUGGCAGUUACAAUAGUGCGAGUGCAGUUUCUGUGAUUGCAGAUCUUCGGAAGAAACUUGAAGCUGCUUAUGCAGAACAGGGAACAGUGAGUACUCCGUAUGAACAAAUGAAUACAAGGUGUAAUGAGCUUCAUGAGAAGAAUGAAUUGGUUGUUGUUACAUUGAAUAAAAUAUAUAGUGACCUGAGGAAGCUUGUCCUUGAGCACUGUGGGUCUACAGAUGAAGAUAAGACGGAUGUACAAGGUGAGCCAUUGCCUGAUCUACUGAACUAUAGCAUCUUUGAGAAUAUCAUGAAAUCUCUUGGGGACAUACUGAAUAGGAGGUUGGAACUUGAAUCUGUCACCAGAGAGAUUGAGUCAGAAUUAAUGCAGAAGGAAAAAGAAUUGGAGGAAAUGAACAUGAAGUGUCUUGAUUUAGAUGUUGUUGGCAAGUUAGUUGAAGGAGUUGAAGGCGUGAUGGAAGUGGAUGAUAUUAAGAUCAAAAUGAACAAAGCACCCCUCUUAUGUUUAGAAUUGUUAGUAGCUACUCUUGUUCGGAAAACUAGAGAAGCUGAACUCCAGGAACAGAUAGCUAAAGAAGGCUUUGGAGUUAAGAUGAUGGAAUUAUCUGAAAUGCAGGAAAAGAUAUGUUAUCUAGAAACCUUAUGUACUGAGCAUGAAAAUGAAAUUCUUAUUUUGAGGGAAAGCUUACGUCAGGCUGAGGAAACUUAUGUUGUUGUUUGUUCUGAAUUGAAUGUAAAGACUAGAGAAUUUGAGCAGUCAGAACAACGGGUCUCUUCUCUAAGGGAGAAACUUAGCAUAGCUGUUAGCAAGGGCAAAGGCUUGGUUGUGCAGCGGGAUGGCCUGAAACAGUCCUUGGCUAAAACAUCCAGUGAAUUGGAGAGAUGCUUGGGUGAGUUACGGUUGAAAGAUACUAUAAUUCAUGAGAUUGAAGCUAAACUUAAGACAUUUGCAGAGGCUGGUGAACGCGUGGAGGCUCUGGAAUCUGAGCUUUCAUACAUUCGCAAUUCAGCCAAUGCCUUAAGAGAGUCAUUUCUUCUUAAAGAUUCAUUGCUUCAGAGGAUAGAAGAGAUUUUGGAAGACCUAGAUCUGCCAGAGCAGUUUCAUUCAAGAAACCUAAUUGAGAAGAUUGAUUGGUUGGCUAGGUUGGCUGCUGGAAACUCAUUGCCUUUGAAUGAUUCAGACCAGAAGAUUUCAGCUGAAGAAGGUUCUUUCUCUGAUGCUGGCUUUGUUGUCAUGGAUGCCUGGAAAGAUGUUCAGCAACAAUCUGAUUCAGGGGAAGAUUUUAGAAAAAACUUUGAGGAGUUACAGAGUAAGUACUAUGGGUUGGCUGAACAAAAUGAAAUGCUGGAACAGUCAUUAAUGGAAAGAAACAGACUAGUGCAGAGAUGGGAAGAGCUUGUAGACAAAAUUGACAUGCCUUCACAUUUGCGGUCUAUGGAGACAGUUGAUAGAAUUGAGUGGUUAGGAAGAGAGCUUGUUGAGGUUAAUCAUUAUAGAGAUUCUCUGCAGCUUAAGAUUGAACAAUAUGACAGCUAUUGUGGAUUGCUAAAUGCUGAUCUUGAAGAGUCUCAAAGGAGAGUGUCUGCUCUACAAGCAGACCUCAGAGCUGUUACCUCUGAGAGGAAGCAUCUUUCUGACAGAGUGGAGUUACUGAUAUAUGAAUGUGAGAAGCUAUCAGUGCAGGCAAGGGAAGCUGAACUUGAGAAUGAAAAGCUGUCUGCUGAGGUAAUUGGCCUGGAGGAGAAAUUGAAGCAGAAAUCUGCCGUUGAAGAGCAAAUGCUUGGCAUUGAGGGCAAGAUCAAAGAAUUGCAAAAUUUAGUUGGUGAUGCCUUGCAGGAAUUCGAAACAGAAUAUUUGGUUUCUGGCAAGGAGGGUAUUGAUUCCUUAGAAGUACUGUUGAGAAAGUUCUUAGAGAAUUAUACAACUCUCUUGGCAACUAAACCAGCAUAUGGGGAUGCACUUGAUGGGCAACAUACACUAGAAGCUAAUGCUUCUCUUAAAGAGGCAAGGAGCCAGGAUACUGAUGAUAAGAAGGAGACAGCUAUUGAUAGUUUGAAGAAAGAUCUGGAAGAGGCUUUUCAUGAAUUGAUGUGUGUGAAGGAGGAGAGAGAUAGAUAUUUGGACAGCAAAAUAUCUUUAUCUGGUGAAGUGGAAGCUUUAACUAAAAUAGCCAAGGAGUUGCAGGAGCAGCUUAAUCAGGAGGAACAGAAGUCAGCUUCUGUUAGAGAGAAGUUAAAUGUUGCAGUCAGGAAAGGGAAGUUGCUGGUUCAACAACGAGACAGUCUAAAGCAAACAAUUGAAGAGAUGACUAGUGAGAUGGGUUACUUGAAAUCUGAGAACAACAUGGAACUUGCUCUUGCAAAGCUUACAGAGAAGUUCAAGGAUUUGUCUGGUUAUACAGAUAGGCUAGAAGUUCUUGAACUUGAGAAUGCAUCUAAGAAGAAUGAUCCAGUAAACAAGCUGGAAUGGGUUGGGAAGCUAUGCUCUGGUUUGCAUGCUACUGUGGCUUCUCUAGAGCAAGAGUCCUUGAAAUCUAAAAGAGCAGCAGAGCUCCUCCUGGCUGAGUUGAAUGAAGUUCAAGAGAGGAAUGAUGCCUUCCAGGAGGAGCUUGUGGAUAUCAGAAAGGAAAGGGAUUUAGCUGAGGCUGCCAAACUGGAAGGGAUUUCUCAUCUUGAAAGGCUAUCAGCUUUGCACAUGGAGGAAAGAAAGAGCCAUUUUGCUGAGAUCAUGAAAUUAAAAUCUAGCUUAAACCAACUACACAAAGGCUUCAGUGACACCAGCACGUUAAUGGCCAAUGCUUUUUGCAUGGAUUUGGAAUCUUUCCAGGGUCUAAAGGUUGGUCUUGAGUCAUGCAUGAAAGCCAAAAAUGCUGCCACUCUUGUUGAUUCAUCUGUUGCAAGAAGACAUGAUGACAUUUUAGGAAUGUCAUCUGAUAAUCAGAAGAGCUUUGUUUCUGUGGAUUCUUGGUCAGAGAUGAUUGGCGAUGUUGAUGAUAAUAACUUGAUUGAAAAUUUUCGUCUUCUUGGGCAUCAACUGCAAAAUUUAUUGGGGGAGCUUAGUUCUCUUAAGGAAAGCGCGUGCGCGCACUUGAGUUUGGCACAGGAACAGGGCAAAACAUUAUCUGAACUAGUGGUGAGCAUUCAAAGGGAUAUGAUAUCACAAAGGGAGUCCUGUGAAGCCAUGAAGAAAGAAAUUGGUGAAAAGGAUGGGGAACUACUUGUUUUGCGUGAGAAUAUUGCCCGCCUUUAUCAAGCAUGUGCCAAUUCGAUUGCUGUAAUUGAAUAUGGAAAAGCAGAUCUGGUUGCUAAUGAGUCAGCAUCUUCAGAGCUAGGGAUUAAUUUCCAAUUGACACCAUUUGAGGAUGGAAUACUUCCUUCCAGUGGUGAGUUUCUUUUAGUGUCAGAGGAAUAUAUCAAGACUCUAGCAGAUAGAUUGUUGUUGGCUGCAAAUGAAUUUGAUAGUAUAAAAACUAAAAUUCUGGAUGCUAAUCAAAAGGAAAUGAAGGCUACUAUAACAAGUUUGCAGAGAGAGCUUCAGGAGAAGGAUGUUCAAAGGGACAGGGUCUGCAUGGACCUUGUAAAUCAGAUUAAGGCUGCUGAAGGUGCAGCGAACAGUUACUUUCAAGAACUUCAGUCUUCAAGAAUGGAAGAGCAAAAUUUAGUCAAACAGAUUGAUGAGAUUGAGGCUGAAAGGAAGAUACUGGAGCAGAAGGUGAAUGCUCUGCAGGAUAAUCUAGUAACAACUGGUGAAUUAGAGGAGAAAAUCAGGUGCCAGGCAGAUUUGUUGUCUAGCAAAGACCAAGAAAUUGAGGCACUAACACAAGCACUGGAUGAGGAAGAGGUGCAGAUGGAAGAAUUGACGAAAAAGAUUGAGGAACUUGAAAAGGUUGUUCAGCAGAAGAAUCUGGAGAUCGAGAAUCUUGAAGCUUCUAAUGGUAAGGUUACAAAAAAGCUUUCCAUCACUGUAAGCAAGUUUGAUGAGCUUCACCACCUGUCUUCAAGUCUACUUGCUGAGGUUGAAAAUUUGCAAUCCCAACUACAAGAACGGGAUUCUGAGAUUUCUUUCUUAAGGCAAGAGGUUACCAGAUGUACCAAUGAUCUUCUUGCAUCACAUAGCAACAAGAAAAGUUCAAAUGAGAUCCUUGAGUUCUUGAUGUGGGUUGACAUGAUGGUCUCUCAAGAUGGGCUGCGUGAUAUGCAUCCUGAAGUGAAGGGUAAUACUCAGGCUGAUGAAUACAAAGAAGUACUUCAGAAGAAGCUUAUAUCUUUGCUAUCAGAAAUAGAGAAUUUAAGGGCAGUUGCAGAUAGUAAAGAUGCAAUGUUGCAAGUAGAAAGUAUGAAGGUAGAAGAAUUGACCCACAAAGCUGCAGCUUUACAGAAGUCUUUGCAUGAGAAAGAAUCACGGCUAAAUUUGCUUGACGGUGUGGAAGAGUCUGUAGAGCAAGCCAUCACAAGAUCAGAAAUUGUGGAAGUUGAACCAGUGAUCAACAAGUGGAAAGCAGCCGGGACUUCUGUAACACCUCAAGUUCGCAGUUUGCGCAAGGGCAAUAAUGAUCAUGUUGCCAUUGCUAUCGAUGUAGACCCUGGUAGUACUAGUAGGAUGGAAGACGAAGAAGAGGACAAAGUACAUGGAUUUAAGCCACUCACUUCAUCAAAAAUUGUCCCGCUUCCAAGAUUUACUAGACCUUUGACUGACAUGAUUGAUGGCUUGUGGGUAUCGUGUGAUCGAGCUCUGAUGAGGCAGCCUGCUUUGCGACUUGGAAUUAUAAUUUAUUGGGCCAUAAUGCACACACUCCUAGCCUUUUUUGUGGUUUAGAAUGGGAAUCUCUGAUUUAGUCAUCAGUCAAGUUUAGUAUUUGUAUAUUUGAUUGGCCAAUUUUUUGCUGCCAUCUUAUAAAAUUGGGCAUAGUUGAUUCUGGCAGAUGAGUAGGAAAAAUUUAAAUGUAUAGCAUGUUUUCUUUUUGUUGUGGUUGUCACAAUCAUCUAUAAAAUACUGUCAUGAGUACAUAAAGAUACAAUUGCUGGAAAGGGUGCAGACUUCAGACAACAUCGAAGAAAAGGUGAAUCAGUGGCAAUGAGCGAAGAGCCUGAAGCAUUUCACCUUUGAUUAAGCUACAAUGAUGAGCUUUUGGAGGACAGCCCUUGUUCCCCGGAGAAGUCAUGGAACAUAUUGAUAGCAGGAUGUGUGAUUAGACGGGCUUAGCUAGGAAAUCGCGAUUCUUUUGUUCCUUGGAUCUUUGAUUUUGGUGUCAAUUCGAUCUACUGAGCCAUAAGAAAUUUCAAGGUUGCCCAUUCCUUUUGUAUUAUUGUAUCAAUCAUAGCUUCGUUAUGAAUGUUUCAGAUUAUUGAGAAUGACAUCAUACAUACCGGUAA